AUGAGCGGGGGAAGCGGCUACGGCUACGGCUACGGAGCCUCCGGCGCCAGCCGAUAUGACACCGGUGAUGGCGGCUACGGCAAUGGCAACCUCGGGGCGAACGGUUACAACGACCGCAGCGCCGGGAGUACAGGAAGCGGGGCAGGGGGAGAUCGAGGAGGGAGUCGCGAUCGCCGCCCCGGUGGCUAUGGUGGAUUUUACCCUGAAUCCUCACAGCAGCCUUCUCUCGCACCCCCCGGACCACCGUCCCCGGAGCGCCGGCGCGAUCGGGCAGAUCGAGAGAGACAGCAACAGCCAACGCAGUCUACCUCGCGGUCACGGACGAGAAACGGAGAGGUAGAUAAGAGGUAUCAGGGCGCGAGGGAUGAUCGCACCCGCGAGGCUCCACGUUACCCGGAGAGCAGGGGUCGAGAUGUGAAUGCAUCUGAUACCAGGAUGAUGCAAAGCAAUACAGCUGAAAUGCGAUCCGUGGAAGAUGUUCUCCAGUCUAUUCAGCGCGAGUGGGAUUUCAUGACCGACGCCGAAUGCAUUCCCGUGCAUGUCGCCCUCAGUUUGAUGGAUACGAGCACAUUGGGCAAGGCAGACCGGGAACCCGACUUCCUCAACAUGUAUAACCAGAUUCAGAGAACGCUCAAGGCAAUCGUGAACGAACACCACCAGGGCUUCAACAGCUCUAUCGGAACGUACCACAUGAUCCAGAGUAAUAUCUCUAGCUCUCAAGGACGAGUGCGCAACCUGAGAAACUCCCUGGAGGAUGCAAAGUCAGGAUUGCUGUCUACGAAGCCGGAGCUGAAAGGGUUGGCUACUUCCUCGCAGAACUAUGACGAUAUCAUGCAAUUGUUUGCCCAGAUCGAGGAGAUCCAGUCUCUUCCCGAGAAGCUCGAGUCUCGCAUCUCUGAUAAGCGCUUCCUCGCGGCCGUCGAGGUCUUGCAUACUGGCCUUCGGCUUCUACGCCGCUCUGAGCUUGAAGAUAUUGAUGCUCUCUCUGAUGUUCGUGCUUACUUCAAUAAUCAAGAAACCUCUUUGACAGACAUCUUGAUUGAGGAGCUGCAUGAUCAUUUGUAUUUGAAAUCUCCCUACUGCUCGGAUCGAUGGAAAGCCCCAGUCGGAGAGAGUGACAUCAACUCCAGCACCUGCACUGGGAAUCGCUCGUGGGAACGCCCCGUGUACAGUUUCCUGGCCAAGUUUGACGCGACAACUCCAAUGGUUGAAGAUGCCUCUCGAAAUCCCGAGGCAGACACCUUCUCAUACAUUCAGCUGCUGAUGGAAGCCCUGAAUAAGAUGGGCCAUCUUGAUACUGCUGUUGAUCGAAUCGCGCAACGUCUUCCGGUUGAGCUCUUCGCAGUUGUCGACAAGACGAAUGCUGAAGUGGACGCUCGCUAUCCCACUCCGACUCGGACCUUUUCAUCGCAUGAUAACUCGCUCAAAUCCAAUCUACCAACGGAAAAUAUUGAGGAGCGUGGCCAUGUCCUGACCGAAUAUCUUCUGGCUUUGUUUGCAAAGUUCGAAUCUAUUGCAGAGGGCCACAGGGUUGUCCAUGAUGUGAUCGCGGCAAUCCUGGGACGUGAGGGUGCCGCUAAAACUAAUGCCCUCUCCGGUGGAUUCAAGGAAUUGUGGAAGCUUCUACAAAGCGAGAUUCGAUCACUGCUCCAUGAUUAUCUUGCAACGGAUGGAGAGACAUCUUUCAGGUCUAGAGGCGAUGAGGCGGAUGCCCGACGGCACCUCACUGCGGGUAACCGGGAUAGGAACAAGAAAUUGUUCAAGCUAUCCGACAUCGAACAAAGCUCAGAGAUGAAGGCCGAACAAGAUGAGUUGGAUGAAAUUCUUCAAUUAUCUGUUCCAGGUCUUGUAUCCAAGACACGACAAAAGAUUUCUGCAAAUGAUGUUUCACCUUCGCGGCCAGGCAAUUCAGGUACCGGUCAUAAGAUCUUGCUUGAGCCUAGUGUCUUUAAUAUGAGACUUCUUCUUCCGCCAUCGCUCUCGUUCAUCCAGCGUCUUAAGGACAUCGUGCCUGUCGACUCGGAUAUCUCCAUGAGCACCCUGACGUUUUUCCUCGAUGACUUCAUGGUGAACGUCUUCCUUCCCCAGCUGGACGAGACUGUGACCGACUUGUGCACACUCAGCUUUAUCGCGGCCGACGCGUUUACUGAAGACCCGCAAUGGACAAAGGUCUCACCGCGGCCUAUCUUUAAGGGUACGGUCAAGUUUAUGUCCAUUAUUCGAGAAUUCAGCAAGAUGUUAUCGAGCAUUCCGCACGAUCAGGCGUUUACCCAGCUCCUGAUUGACCAGAUCGUGACUUACUACGAUAAGUGUUGUGGUUGGUACAAGGCCAUGGUCACCAAGGUUUCCGCACGGAAUCAUGGUGGCGAGGUGCGGUUGAAAGCUGCUGCUGGUUUUGCCGAGUCUGGUGACAUUCAUGACGUGGUUGAAGAGCUUUGGAAGGGGGCUGGCGCGAAGAAGCAAACACUUAUUGAUACUGAAAUCGACCUUCUUCUCAAACGGACUGAUCAGGUUCCCCUGGAACCCUAUGAUAUUAUAUCGGAUCCAAAGACCGUUGUUGCGCUAUCGCUCUUGUACAACAGUCUGCAAUGGCUUGGAAGCCACCUUGCGAAGAUCAGACAGAUCGUCGACUCAUCACCGGGGGAAGACACAUCUGUGUUGACCGCAAAUGGUCGCCCAUCUCGCCGAUGGACUCUAUUUGGAGCUAUGAAACCCAAACGUGACAGCAUCAACACGCCUGUAUACCUGCCGCUGAACCAUGAAACGGCUGCAGCAUUCGACCAGACUCUCGAGUCACUUCAUGGACUUGGCUCUAACGCUCUCUUAACACUGCAUGUCGAUAUUCGGUGCGGCAUCAUUCACAUGCUCACGAAGACCAUGUCGGGGCCCAACCCGCCGACUGUGAGGAACUCUGUUCCAUUAACUCCGUCACCCGGUUCGACCGAGAACUGGUGGCAUAUUAUUUUGAAUCCACCGACCGCCGCAUCCCCCUCGAUUCUCCAGUUGAAUGGUGAUCUGAUCGGGUUUGACACCAAUAUAUCCACCUACUUGGGUUCUGCCGAGCACUGGUUCAUUGCAUCUGGUCUGGCACGAUUCAUUGAUCGGGUGUUUGUGGCAUGCACACGCUACAUCGGUGCAAUGAACGAGAACGGCGCUCUUCGUCUCCAGCUAGAUGUGCUUGUUCUACAACAGAAUUUGAAGAACAUCAUUAUUGACCCCGCUGCGACGGAAGGGAGCGAGACUGCAUCUCAGGAGGUGGUGGCGCUGCCGAGAAGUGCCAAGUUCUUGGACUGGUUCCUAGAGGGGGCGGAGAAGGCCCUGGAUUACGCUAAAGAGGAGAAGGAAGCGUUUGCAGCUCAGGGUGAUAAAGCUCUGGCCGCUGGCAACGGCGAACCGUUCACCUACGAUGAGCUCCGAGUCCUCGUGGACCUGUGCUUCUCGGAGAUCUCGCGUGGACCCCGGGGUGCCGAGAGUCGAGAGGACUUUAUGGCAGCGAAGAAGGCCAGUGCCGAUGCGUUGCUACGCCUGAACGAGAUCAUGUGGGAUGCACGAUAG